AUGGCCCUCCUCAAGCUCAUCGGCCGGUGCCCUGUGGUACUCCUCCUGGCUGUGCUGUUCGAUGUGAUCGGGCUCAUCAUCCUCUUUGUGGGAAUUUUUGCUCCUCUAAGCUCCUGGGACUUCUUCAUUUACUCAGGAGCUCUGCUGCUCGCCUCCAGCCUCAUCUUCUGGAUCUUUUGGUACACAUUCAACAUCGAGGUCUCCUUUAAGGAGAUGGGUUAUAACUGA